AGCCGUUUUUUUUCACCAUCCGCCUCGGGCCCCGCGACGCCGCUCGGGCCCCCGCCCCCGCGCGCGGGACGCUUGCGGGGAUCGCCGGCGGGCUCCAGGCGUGAUUCAGCCUGUGGGAACGCACCGGCGGAGGGGCUGGGCCACCUCUGCAGGGCGCGCGUUCCACUACUCGCAGAGUGCCGACUCGCAAACGGCUCGGUUAUCAGCUGACGCCUUCUCCCUCCCUCCUCAGUGGAUGGACCGGGUCACCGCCGAAAGAAAGCACGGUCCCCAAUCCCCUCCGAUAGUUCUCCUCUGGCUGACCUGGGCUUGGGAUCCACCCGGAGAAGACCCCGCUCCCCCGCGUCCCCGACCUCAAGGACCACCUCGCUGGGGCCGUGAGCGAUGGAUCUCAGGGAUCUCAGGGGUCCCGUCGGGGCGCCGGCGGUCAGGGAGCUGGCCGCCUGCCUGCCUGGCAUAGCGUGCGCCUGACUUGGAGCCCGAGCCGCCGGUAGCGCUGAAGCCCCUGCGCGGCAUCCUUCGCAGGAGCCCGCCGCCCGCACCCAUCGACACCGCCGACGAGCUCGACGCGCCGAAGGACGGCGCCGACACGCCCUCGACGGCCUUCUCGCCCACGACGUCCCUCGACCCGUUCUCGACAGCUUCGACACGCCGCGGGGGGCGUUCUCGCCACAGUCCGCCAGCGCGCUCUUGACGAUGGACAGCGCCGACGCGGCCUCGCCGAAGACCAUCUCCCGCGGGCUCCGGCGCCUGCUGCCAGCCUUCGCGGCGGACGCCCUCUCGCCCAAGGACUCGGGGGGCGGCGCCAGCGCGCCCUCGCCGGCGCACUCGCCGAAGUGGGCCUCCCAGCGGUGCCGGUGGCCCGAGGCAGCCUCCGCCAGCGGCCAGCUGCCGAGGCCGCCUCCGCCCGUGGCUCGCGGGCCGCCCAGGGCCUCGCAGCGGGCCGCCCCGGGGCACAGGCUGGUCAGCCUCUGCAGGGCUGUGGGCGUCGUGCGGGCCGGCGCCCCGAUCCAGGGCGCUGGCCCGACGCUGGGCGUCCCGACGGUGAGUGGCUCGACGGUGGGCGGCGUGGCGGGGGGCCGCCGCGGACGCACAAGCGCCCUCGCGGAGGCCUUGGCCGCAGCUCAGACGCCGCUGCGCAAGCGCGUGUGCUUCAGUCACGAGAUUCCUGACACGCUCGACGUGACGCCGUACUCCAGCCACUACGGCAUCCACCCGAACUUUUUCGAUUUCGACCGGGACGGAGACAUGAGGCUCACCUUCACGGGCAUUGCGGAGGUGUUCCGACGCAAGGAGGCAGGCUUGGCACCCCUAGAGGAAGACAUGCAAGAGUUUUUGAACCCCGCAUGCGCCGCGGAGUUCUGAGAUGAGGCCAGGAGGGCCCUGCAUAUUGCGGUAUUCAGAUCGACCGCGUCUAAUGGCGUGUACGACGACAGCUUUCCACGAAAGGACAUCGCCUCUCCGCCUUGGACUGCAUUUUUGAUUUCCGAGCAUGGGCUCGCAAGGCAUCAUUCCCCCAAGAGUGCUUGCACUCAAAAGGGUUCUUUCUUCGGUGUCCUAAAGAGUUGGAUGGGUGUGCUCGGUGCUCGCCUGCCGCCCAGUUGGCGGGAGCCCAGAGAGAGAGAGAUUGCACCGCAUAGCUUGCUCGACAUAGCGUACACCACACAACCUGCACAUCAGCAGCCCAACAACUUAUUGCGUGGGCUCUGCGCUGGCACACGUUUUGAAAUCGCUGCAGCAUCUUUGCUGCUGCUGGUCCCACGCACUCUCCGCUGCCGUGCUCCAAGCUCUCUGUGCCACGAUGCCGGAAGUUUGGGCUUGUGGUGCCCCACCAGCGGCGAGGGAGUGAGGGCGAAGCCGAUGUUUCCUUGGCUUCCUUUCUCAUCCGUUCUUUGCCCCUCGUCCUACCACUCCCCCUCAGGCUGUCCGUUGUCGAUUGAGGUGGCGGAUCGAACAUCAUGUGCGGUGGUGCUUCGACAGGGCCACGCAGCGUGGAGAGCCGUGUCGCACAUCGUCCCGAUUAGUGCGCCCUCUCUCGAGUUGUCGGCUCGGCUGCGCUUCUCUCGCUAACCGCACUGCACAGAGCAGCCGCACAUCGGUGUGCGGUCGAGGUACAUCUUCGUUCUGCAACAGGCGGGCACGGCCCGAACUCGCAGUCCUUCUCCAUCGCUGCGCCGUCUAUUCCUCUUCCUCCUCCUCCUCUGCCCUCAGGUGCGCCCGGUUUGUCCUCCUUCUCCUCCCUCCUCCUCCGUCUUUUUUUCCCUGAGGUGGAUAUCCUUUUUCAAUGUUGCAUUCCCUUCGCUGAACGCAGCCGCACAUCGGUGUGCGGUCGAGGUCCACCCGCGUUCUUCAGCGCACGGGCACGGCCCCAGCUUGUACUGCCGUGUCGCCGAGGGUGUGGGCGAUGGCGCGUUCUUGGGGGUUCCGCCUCGCGUUCUUGGGUGGCGGUGGAGACGGCAUGUGUUUCGCUGGCGUUCUCAGCGCGUCAUUUCCGGCAUUUUUUUGACGGCAUUUUUUUGAGCCCAGGAUGCGCCCCGCCCGCGCAACCGUCCGUGGCUCGACAUGCCGCUCCGCUCGCGCGUCACUGGACGGCGAGGUACGUGCCCGCUUUUUGAAGCGGAGGGGCGGAAGACCCACCACGGCCUCCGGGUUUGCAGCCGCGUUGUCUAAGAAUUUGCGCGUGUGUGUGGGCGACGCGGACCAGACAGAGGCGGCGCGCAGAAGGAAACGUUGCGUUCUCGUCAGAGUGCCCUGGGUUUCUUCGCUGCGCGCGCUGCGCGGUGACUUCCAAGAGCGCUGCGAAACUGCUGCGUUCAGGGUGCUGUUUGUCUCCCCCUGGUUUCGAAUAGGGGAUAGAUUAGUUUUCUAGUCGAAUGUACGACACAUACGUAGAAUGCUGGUCGACCAUUCCAGUAUAUUUCGUCGAUUCGACGACAGGGUUGUGUUUUUCUUGCCAGGUUUUCUCGCGGCCGUGGAUCGUGCCUCUGCUGGUGCCAGGAUUAGUGCGUAUGCUGCGUCCUGGCUAGGCCAAGGUGGCGUGUAUACGGUAGGUUCACACAGCGAUGCGUACCGUACUAACAUUGAGCUCUGGGAUUGGCCUGGCCGAGACCUGCAGUGGCGUGUGCCUGCCAUAGCCGUCCACUGGGCCGGUGCUCGCGUCUCCAGACAUCCGACGAUCCGACUGGCGAGCCGCCGGCCCCUCCGCGGGGUCGCUUUCUCACCGUGGGCGUGGGCGCCUCGCUGCUUCUUAUCCCCUCCCGGAGGGUGUCAACUGAAGCGCACAGAAACGCUAAGACAGAAAUCCGAGCAUGCCGCAGGUAGUCUGUGGGCCCGCCGGGUGUUGCGGCGGGCUCCGUCUGGACAGUGGCAGGAGGGACGGCCGCGCAAACGAUGGAUAGACUGACUUGACUUUCCAUUUGUCAUACAGCAAUUACGACAUCAUGCGCAGAGUUGUGAGGAUCGCGUGAAAGAAUUGGCAGCGGCUUUUUUGUUUCUUCGGCAGCCCUCCAUGGUGCGGAUGUCCCGCACGCCGCUCCUCCUCUUCCUCCUCCUCCUCCCUUCCUCCUCCCCUCCCUUCCUCCUCCUCCUCCUCCUCCUCCUCCUCCUCCUCCUCGGUAUCUUGUUCGAGUCGUGAUACUGGAACGGUGUGGCUUCCCUGGCAACCGGGCGGCCCCCGAGCACAGCGUGGUGCUCACGUGCACGGCGUGGUGUUCGCACAGGUCCUUGCCGUGGUGCGCCUCGACGCCAGCGGCGUGGGCGCCGGCUGCGGCGGGCUCUUGCUGCAGCGGGCGUCGCUGCCGCCGCUUGCCCCUGGGCCCCGGAAAUCGCUAGUAGGAGGGACACAUGAGCACAAAGACGCUAAGUCAACGUCGAUGUCCAGGA